CCGUAUGGGACCCGCAGGGGGGUCGACAAGGCUGGAAAGUCUACCGGAGUUAGGCCCGACACCGUUAUCAUGCUCAAUGGGCUAGAAAUAGUGGUCGUAGAAGCUAAGCCGGUGGUCGAUAUAAUCAGGGAACAACUGCGGGGUCGUGGGCCGCAGGUCAACUUCAUUUUGGAAAGCAACGGACGUGAUAGGGUGAACGCGACUACUCGGCUAGGGACGACUGGAAGAAGGAUUAUCCGUGACACCGUGAUGGAGGAGGUUGCUAGGAGUUUCGUACCCCAGGCAGAACUUGAGGCCGGGGAACCAGAGAAAGUCUAUGGGAAGCCUAGGAAAGAGGAACCUACGGACAAAGUUACCACCGCCAAAAAGAAGUUUAGGUAUCAGAUUCCGAUCUUAACCAUACCAGAGGUCGAUGACACACUUAGCAAAUUGCUAGGGACCAUGGUGUCGGUGUCAUUUCAGACCAUGCUGCAGGCCAGCCCUAGAUUGCUUAAAGGGCUUAGACAAAUGUUGACUCGACGACGAAUAGAGAUAGAUGAGGACCCCGAAGCACCGGAAGAGGAAAGAAAGGAGGAGGCUCCACAAGAAGUCGCUAACCUGCAGAGGGGUCGCGAGGACUUGGAGGAUCUCGAAAAAGCCUUUGCAAACAUCCGUUUGAGCUUGCCCGACCGAGAGGGCGGCGAGGUCAUGAGGGCACCACUCAGGACAAAGCUUAGCUUUCAUGCACUGCCCGUAGGGAAGCUGAAGCCCAGAUCGGGACUCAUCAUACUGACGCAUUAAGGCAACGAGGGCAAUUCCGACCGUUCAUUUUUUAGGAGAAAGAUCCCGGAAGGAAGUGUUCGAAAGUACAAGCCGGAAGGGAAGAAAGCAAAACCGGUCUCGAUCCUGCUAGAGACAUCAAAGGAAGAGGCUAUGGAGAAGGAGGAGGAGGUCCUUCGAGUGAUCCAAGAGAGAAGAGCGACGAAAAGGCAUCGGAUACCAGAUGAGGUAGCUGACACAAUGAAGAUAGGGGUGGAUGGAUUCCUAACGGAAGAGGAAAAUCGCCUGAUCAAAAGGACCUGCCAAGAGUUUCACCUGGCAUUUGCCUUUAGUGAUCAUCAAAAGGGACGGCUGGAUGCGAAGCUGAUCCCUCCGGUCAGAAUCCACACAGUAGAGCAUGAGUGUUGGAAUGACAAGGGUCCGUCCUAUGAGUUUGGGAUAGCAGGGGAAGUGAUAGACCUCCUCCGAGCGAAGAUGGACUCCUUCGUUCCAGAACCUACAGCGUCGCCAUACGCACACCGGUGGUUCGUCUUUCGGAAGCCCAACAAGACGCCAAGGUGGAUUCAGGAUCCGCAGAAGUUGAAUGCUGCCUCAGGCCGAUUUAUUAGCAGAAUCGCAUGCCGGCCGGAGCAUUUACUCCUUGAUAGAUCUGUACUCAGGGUACGACCAGCUCCCAUUGGAUGUUCGGGACCGGCCGUACACUGCUAUGCACACCCCCGUAGGCCAGUUACAGAUGCAAGUGACCCCUAUGGGCUUCACAAAUGGGUGGCCGAAGUGCAACGCAGAAUGCUCGCCGUAGCCGAGGACAUGUUCCCAGAAAAGUGUGAGCCCUACAUCGACGACAAUCCGAUCAAAGGCGCGCAGGAGAAAGACGAGACGAACGUCCAGCCAGGAAUCCGAAGGAAGCCAGAUCCGGCAAAGACAGACAAGAUAUCACAGUGGCCAACACCCCUGCGCACGACAACGAAAGUAAGGGCAUUCCUAGGCGUGGUCGGCUUUUGGAGGAUCUUCAUUAAGAAUUUCGCCAAGAUUGUUGAGCCUAUCCGGGCCAUGAUUAGAGAAGAAGGGACCAUGGACUGGACAGAGGAGCGAGAAGGAGCCGCCCAAACGCUCAAGGACAUACUGACGUCUGAGCAAGUCGCCUUGUCCGCACCCUGUUUUAACGACGAAGUAGGACGACCCUUCAUCGUAGAGACGGAUGGAGGACCUUUGGUCGUAGGAGGUGUAUUGAUUCAAAUGGAUGAGGGAGGAAAAAAGAGACCAAUUAGGUUCGAAAGUAGAACCUUGAACUCCGCAGAACGGCGGUACUCACAGUUUAAGAAGGAGGUCCUAGCCAUCUUACAUUGCCUCAAGACCUUCCAGGCGUACCUAUUUGGGAGGCAGUUCAUCCUUAGGAUCGAUCCGACGAAUGUUGCGGGGGCCUUAAAGAAUUACAGGCAUAUAGAUCCGACGGUGGGGAGAUGGGUAGGAUUUAUCUGGCAGUUCGAUUACAAAAUCGAACGGAUUGCGGGAAUUAGGAACAAGGCGGAUGGGCUGAGCCGGGUCUGCAUCACUCCCGAAGGGGUGGAGGAUGCGGAGCCCAUAGAYGCAUUCCUCGAAUACGAAGGAGGAACUCUUGCGGUGGACAACGAAAUGAUGGGCGAAGAAUGCGCGUCGGGAGAAUUGUUGAUCCGGACUUUGGAAAAGGGGGCGCCUGCCGUAGUAGCAGAACUUAGAGAAGGACCCGUCACCACUCGAGGUCGUAAAGAGGAGAGAGAUUCAUGGGGAGCAAUAGUACGACCGAAGGAGGAGCUAAUAGCAAUGGCRGUURAGGGAGGKCGGGAARUCGUGAUGAGCCUAGUGGAAUUUUGGGAAAAGAAAGAGUUGCAGUGGAUGGUAAACCARAUGCAGUAGAGAAAGGAUGAGGACCACGAAGGGAAGGAGUUUUUCUAUGCCCAGAUAUACGAAGGGAUCUUUUGGGAGAUCGGGUUGUUGCUGGUAGGAAACAAGCAAACCACGGAAGUCAGCACUAAAG